UAUUGUGUUUUGAAAAAAUUGAAUGGUAAAAGGACUUUAACAUAUACAUUUAACAUGGAUAAGUCGGAUCAAUCAAAGUUUCUAGAAAAUAUAAAAUCACGUAGAAAUGAAAGACAUAAAAAGAUAGAAAUUGAGCAAGAACGUACACAAGCUGCUGUUUGUAUACAAAAGACUUUCCGUGGUUGGAUAGCGAGGACAAAGUUUAAAAAAGAAAUCUUAGAUGACUUUUCCAAUCUGAUUCCAAUGUCAAUCCCAGAUGACACAACAGAUAUAGAAUUAAAGCCAAAUCUACAAGUUUAUAAAAGUGCAUCACGUUUCUUAUUAGUGUCAUGGAAGUCAGAAGAAGAGUCUGAAGAAAAUCGAAAGCGCUUCGAAGGUUUAUGCAGAUAUCUUUUAAUAAGUCUUGAUUCAGAAUCGCCAAAACUGAGUUAUGUUGGACUAGCUCUUAAUAAAGAGCAUAGUCUUUCAUUCAUAAAUCAUUUGAAGCAACUUCUAUUCAAAUGUUGCACCAUCCUUGAUUCCUUGAAACCUGAAACUCACAGCGACACUGUGUCAUUGGCAUUAAUUUUAAGGACACUUGUAGCAUUUACCUGCCCAAAUGGAUGGUGCAUUUUAAAAAAUAAACAACUCAUUGUUAUGAAGCCAGCAAUGCAGCAAAUAUGUAACAAUGUCUUAGGGUUUCUUAUACAAAAAGGAUUUUUUAUAAGUCUAAGAUCAAUUCUUGUCAAAGGAACUUGCCGUUCUGUCGUUGCUUUAAAGCCAGUGUCACUAAAUGCAGUCAUAACAUUAUCAAUUCGACCUCUCAUCAAUGCAAACUUCACACAAAAUCUUCUCAUGCAAUUUAUUUGUCAUGUGCUAUCAAUUCCAGCAUUGAUUUAUCAUAUUGAACAGCUUACACCAAGCACUUUAAAAAGCUUCCAAAGUCGAGGAUUAUUUAAGAAAUGUGUUGAUACAAUAUGUGAAAAAGAUAAUUUUAAGUUUAUUGCCAAUAGUUUACAAGGUGCAAAAUUGCUUGCUUUAACUGCGAAUUUAAUUCAUUUAUAUAACAUGGAACCGAUAGAAGUCGCUCAGGAAAUGUCUUAUCGACAGAUAAUAUUCAUGAUGAAGACACUUUUCGAAACAAUUCCAGACACUGUCGAACAGAGAGGAACAUGCAGUCAAUGGCAUGAACUCUUAGGUUGGUACAAUGCCAGUAAAGCCAACGAGACAAUUUACGAGAAUUUGUCUUUAAUAAAGAAGCAAGUUAAUCUUCUCUGGAGUCAUAAACUGACCAAAAUGCUGUUCGGUGAUCAUUUAAAGCAAGUUGCUUCAAUGUUAGAGAAGAAUGAAAAGGAAACAAAUACCUCAUCAAGUGCUGUAUCGUCAAACUCAUUUAUAAAGAAAGCAAUUGAAUUAAAAAGUGGAAUAAUCAACAAGAGUUCGAAAUCUAAUAAGAAGUUUGACUCAAAUGAUAUUCAACGAGUUGCACUUACCUGUGCAAUGUAUUAUGAAGCAUUAGUGACACUUCCACAAUUGAAACUUGACAUUUUAUCUGGAAUUUGCUACAAUGGAACAAUUCUCAAAGAUUUAUGGACAACAAUCAUUUCAUUGGGUAUCAAAAGUUUCAUUGAUGUGAUAAGAUAUGACGACGUUAAUAAUCCACCAGCAUUGUUGUUACUUCUUUUUUGUGAAUCAAUGACUCAUUAUGUUACCAUAUUAGACGAUUUAGAGAUGUACGAACAACAAACUCUCUUCUCGCUUGACGAUUACAUUAUUCUGUCACAUUUUCUCAACAAUUUACUCUUCAAAACCGUUCAUGAAAAUAUUUACGAAGCGAAAGUUGUAUUCAAUUGUCCUUUAUUUGUAUCAAUGCACACUUUACUUCUUUGUUUGUAUCGUCGUGACAACCGUCGAGCGUUUGCUCCGGAAAAUCAUUGGAUCAUUAAAGAUAUAAAACCCGCAUAUUUCUUGAUGGAUCUUGAGAAAGGAAAGAAACAUGUGCAAUUGCUAUUGCAGAAGAUGCCGCAUAUCAUUUCACAUCAAGAAAGGGUCGCAUUGUUCCGAAAAUAUGUUCAGAAUGAAAAGGCAGUGCUGGGAUUGACAGAUUCCGCUUAUACGCCUAGCUCAGCUCUAGUAACAGUUCACAGAGAUAGAAUUGUUGAAGACGGUUAUAGGCAGUUGGCUGCCCUUCCCCCAAGAUCAUUAAAAGGAAUCAUUCGAGUGAGGUUUAUAAAUCAACAAGGACUUGACGAAGCGGGGAUUGAUCAAGACGGAGUAUUUAAAGAAUUCCUUGAAGAGACUAUUAAAAGGGUUUUCGACCCUUCACUUAAUCUUUUCAAAAUGACAGCUGAAAAUCGUUUAUAUCCUUCGCCCACAUCUCAUCUUCAAGAGAAUCAUUUGCAAUUGUUCGAAUUCGUCGGUCGAAUUCUUGGAAAAGCUUUAUACGAAGGAAUUUUAGUUGACGUUCCUUUCGCAUCGUUCUUUCUUUCAUUAGUACUUGGACAAACCCAACAAGCAUUCUACUCUUGUAUUGACGAAUUACCUUCAUUGGAUAAGGAUUUAUAUAAAAGCUUAACUUUUAUUAAGCAUUACGAGGGCGAUGUCUCGGACUUGGAUUUGACAUUCUCGGUUGACGAAGAUGUCAUGGGAAAAAUUAUUACACAUGAACUUGUGCCAGGUGGACGUCUUCAACAAGUGACUAACGAUAACAGAAUUAAUUACAUUCAUAGCAUGGCUUUCUUUCGUAUGCAUACACAAAUUUGGGAACAAACAUCAGCGUUCAUCAGAGGUUUUCGUUCGAUUAUUAACUCUGAUUGGCUUUCACUUUUCUCGAUGGUUGAACUUCAACGUUUAAUAUCGGGUGACACAAAUCCUUUAGAUUUGAAAGAUUUACGUCGAAAUACUCAAUACUUUGGAGGUUUUCACGAUUCGCAUCGAGUUAUUGGAUGGUUGUGGGACAUUUUAGCAAAAGAUUUUACAGAGGAAGAGCGUCGUUUGUUUUUAAAAUUUGUGACAAGUUGUUCGAGACCCCCACUUUUGGGAUUCGCUCAUAUGGAACCUCAGUUCUCGAUAAGAUGUGUCGAAGUUGGCGAUACAAUUGGCAGUGUCAUUCGAGGAUUUUUUACGAUUCGAAAGAGAGAACCGUUGCUUAGACUCCCUUCAAGUUCCACAUGUUUCAAUUUAUUGAAGUUACCAAAUUACCAGAAAAAAAGUACGCUCCGUGAUAAGCUUCGGUAUGCAAUAACCAGCAACACAGGCUUUGAACUGUCUUAAAAUAUAUCAUAGAAAGUUUUUUGUAAUUAUUUGAUUGAUGUUAGAUAUUUUAUACACCUUCUUACACUUAUACAUAUUAGAUAUGUUCUGUGAUAGCAUAAAUGAUAAUAAAUGUGACCAUAAACGAAUAACUCGAAAGGUUUAUAAA